AUGACUUCUCGUACUGUCGAUAUCGCCUUUAGCAAGUCUCAAAGUCAGCACGGAAGAUGGCUUGCUUGGGCUAUAAACCCAACAUCUACAGGGAUGAUCGGCUCCCAGGCUUUUGUUGCAUUACAACGUUCUGAUGGUACUCUCGAAGCAUACACGUCACCUAUCGACACCUAUGGAACCACCCUUGUGAAAGGUGACUUGAGCUUUACGGUUCAUAAUGUUUCAGCCCAGUAUACCGAUGGACAAGUCAUCAUCUUUGCGAGGUUUGAGCUACCUAUGAAUGGAAGCAAUGUUGUGAAUCAUGUUUGGCAAGAAGGAGCACUACAAGAUGAUGAUACACCAGGAAGUCAUGGCAUGUCAGGAGAUAACUUGAGAUCUUUUGGGACUUUGAAUUUCCAUUCUGGGAAAACUGUGGCUAUGAGUAGUCCUAAUGUAAAACUAAAUUCAAGGUCUAAGAUAAAGAUAGCACAUGGUGUAAUCAAUGCGGUUAGUUGGGGAAUGAUGAUGCCACUUGGUGUUGUUCUUGCUAGAUUGAGAUACCUACGAUUACAAGAGUAUCCAGCUUUGUGGUUCAAUCUACAUAUUUAUUGUCAAAGUAUAGCUUAUUUUCUUGGUAUUGCUGGUGGAGGUUUGGGAUUUUAUCUUGGGAGACAAUCUUCUUCAGUUAAACAACACUCUUGUCAUAGGUACAUUGGUGCUGCACUUUUAGUGCUCGCAACAUUACAAGUGUUAGCUCAUCGUCUACGGCCAUCAAAGGAACACAAAUACAGGGUGUAUUGGAAUAUUUAUCACUGGUGCACUGGUUAUGGUACUAUUAUAAUGGGAAUUCUCAAUUGUUUCAAAGGUUUCCAGAUGAUGGAUGUCGGGAUUUGGAAGAAUGCUUACAUUGCUUUUCUUGCUUCGUUGGCCUUUGUUGCUGCUGUUCUUGAAGUUUGCAGAUGCUACCUCAACGCUAACAAAGGAACAGCUACACCAGAAGGAGUUUCUGCAAACAGUAUAGAAGACAAGGCAUAG